ACCUAAAAAAGGAGCGCAUUGAUACUUAUGAGAAUAGACGCCCACUUGAUCAGACUUGCAGCUGUUUUUUCCUGCUGAUUUUAAGCAACAAGAUUCAUACUACCGUUUGAUCGUGACCUGGCGUAAGCUUGGCCACGAUGUGUUGUGAUGGGUAAUACAUUGCUGAUCGACAACAUUUAACGCUACUUGUCGACCUGUACAAAGCAGGAUUUUUUAUUUAGCCACGUGUACAAUUACUAUCCAGCUGUAACUACUGCAGUUAAGUCGAACUUCUAUAGCUGACGAAAACUGAACGUCUUUACGUCCGGGAUCUCGAAGUUCCGAGAUCUAGUCCGUACUCUUUUGAAUUCCGCACCUGCUGCCACGCCGUGAAGCAAAAAGUCUCCAGACAAGGGCAGCCAGUUGUUCAGUGCGGGUCUUUUUGCAGUGGAGCUUGGCAAUGCCGGAAGCUAAACAACCAGAUCAACCAAGCAACAAAGGUCAAAGAUCGGUACAAAAGCACCUGAAAAUAUCAGAGGCGUUGCUUAAGCCAGAUGGGGAGGUGAAUGAACGCGCGCCCACGGUGGCAUCGCCCACUAAGGGAAAUGCAGCAACAGAGGCACCAAAACCAGAUUUGGAACCAAAGGCGUCAGUCAGUGUGUCGGCUCAGAAGGCAGCCGGAGCGUUGGAUAUCACUGAUAAAAAAGGUGAAGCGAAAAAGUCCAAACCUCCAGAAGCUUCAUCAUCGAGUUCGGACACUUCGGCCAGCUUGCAGUCGAGUGAUGGCUCUGAGCGAAAAAAAGUCAUGACAGUUGAGCGGCUUACUGAGAUCGGUGACGAGGUCAUUAAACUUUUGGCCAGAGAAAAUAGCGUAAUAAAGCAACGAAUUCAGACUCUGAACCGUCUUACUACCCUUGUACUCAGUUUCACCGAAAACGCACGCAAGCAAACCUCAAUCGAGUCGCUACUCCCAGAUCUGGAGGAGCUUAUUAGAGCUUUUGCCGAAGUAAGCCCCAACGAUUUCCGACAGAAAAGGCGUAGAUCAAAAUCCGCCGAAGCACCCCGCUAAUUCAAUGUGUAAUGCGCAGGGCUAUAAUGGCUUCCAUAAAAACAGAAGCCCUGCAACGUGACGUGCCUGCUACCCCGCAAGCUUAUGAUAGCAAGUGAUUGCAUACGAAUUAAAUUGAAUAUACCUGUAGUGAGCGACCUAGUGUC